CAACACUGUCCCCUACAACUAGAUUUAUAAUAAUGUCUUCUUCCACAACAUCUACAACCAAGACCCCUUCCACAACAUCUACAUCAAAGACCUCAACCGCAGGAUCUACAAAACAGAACUCCACCACAGCAACUACAGCAGUGCACUCUACAUCUGAACUUUCAACCAAUCCCCCUACCACAACCUCUACAUCAUUAUCCCCUAGCCCAGCCUCAAAAGUCUCCCCGACCCACAUUUCUACAACAGAGACACCUACCAUAAUUACAAAGAUCCCUACCAUAGUAUCUACAUCAGAAGCCUCCACCAAAGCAUCUGCAACCAUGAACCCUACUACUACGUUCACGACAGUUACCCUAGCAUCAUCAUUUACUACCCCGUUAUCUACAACAGCGACCCCUACUAUAGCAUUUUCAAAAGAAACCAUUACUACAGCAUCUACAAAAGUGUCCCCUACAGCUGUAACCCCAACCACAACUACUACAACAGGGAACCCAGCCACAACUGUGACAAAACCUACUCCUACAAAUACUGUUACAGAGACCACAACAUCUACAGCAAUGUCCCCCACAGAAUCUACAAAAGAGAACCCUACCACAAUAUCUAUUACAACAGCAUACCUUAAUCCCGCUUCUUCAAUAGAGACUUCUACACCAUCUACAACCCCAGCCACAGCAUCAAAUACACAGACCCCUAUUCCAGGACCCACAACCAAACCCCCUACCACAACCUCUACAUCACUAUUUCCUAGCCCAGCCUCAAAAGUCUCCUCGACCCACAUUUCUACAACAGAGACACCUAUCAUAACUACAGAGUCUCCUACCAUAGUAUCUAAUUCAGAGGCCUCCACCAAAGUAUCUACAACUGCAUCCCCUACCACUUCUACAUCAGUUAACGUUCCUGUUCAAUGCCCUUGUGAAUUAAUGUCAGAAAGUCUACAAAAACAAGAUAAGGAUUUUUUAAGUAUAAUAUCCAAGUGUGACAAAAAAUCAGUGGAACAGUGUAAUGAUGUCGUCUCUUCAAUAUCAAAAGCUAUUAAAAAUAUUCUUACUGACAAAACUGCAUUUAAUGGGCCAAAGAAGGAGAUUAAUUUUACUGGUUUUUAUGGGAUUGUUGCUAAAUACAACAUAACUGACAAGAAACCUCUUCUGAUUCCAUUACCUUUACAAGAUACACAUUCAGUGGAGAUCAAACUUACACUUGAAGCAUUACAGCAGGCUAGUGGUCACAAUAAUGAUUCCUCACAAUAUGGUGUUGGCAGGUUUCUAAAUUCCAAUUUAUUUCCGGUAAGGCAGCUCAGGUUUAUCCACAGCAAAAAUAUCUAA